UCUCUUCUAAUGAAGCUGGUUUUUGGGUUCUGCUUAAGGCAAGGCAGUGGCCAACAUGACCCCGGCUGCCAGGACAUGCACGUGCUCUUCCACAUCACCACUACUCUCUGUAGGCUGAGAGUUAUUGUUCUUGGAGUGAGACCUGCUGUAAUAAGAAGUGGCGUAGGCAUCCACCAUCAAAGUCCCAAUGGCAGCAACCAAGCCCAGCGAAGGGUAAAAAAGAAGGCAAAAACACAUUUCUCCGGUAUGGAGUUGCAAAGAAACUACUCCCAAUCGAAGGAUGGCUCAAAUCCUGGUGUUCGAGGACUCAUAACCCCACAGACAAAGAAUUCAACAAAGUCCUGUUGCAAACAGAGAAUGCAACCUAAAGCCUUUCCUUGUCCAAGUUGCAUAUGGAGAAAUAUUGGAUUGAGCUUAUCAACUGAGGUGCCCCAAAGAAAAAGCAAGAAGUGCUCAUCUAAAGCCUUUCCUUGGCCAAGUUGCAUAUGGAGAAAUAUUAGACUGGGCUUAUCAACUGAGGCGGCUUAAAGAAAAAGCGAGAAGUGCUCAUCUAAAGCUGUGACCAUCAUAGGCCCAAUUAGAAGCUACCAUAAAAUUGUACAAUGGGCCCAUUCCAUUACAAGUCUCAAGUCCAAUAGACUUGUUCAUUAAGAAUCCAAUUGGCAAACAAUUGGUGCAAAAUCUCAAGUGCGCAAAUUAUGGA